CGUCGGUCGGGUUGGAGGGAAAAUCCGUCCUUUAAAUUGGUGGAAAGCGACAGAGUGACAAAGGAGAGAGAAAGAGAGUGAGAUUAGAAGGAGAAGUGUUCUUUGUCGAUGAACAGAGAGCAGAAAAAUCACUAUUAAAACAGUUUCUACUCUACAAAAAGUUAAUUGGAAGAAAUUUUCUCAUGCCAAAAGUCAUUAUUUGUCGUCACAUUAAAAAAAUUCUAUGUUGAUUUCGAUGAGAAAAAGUGAAGAAAAGAGGGAAAAAGGCGGGAUUGCUUAUGUACAAGGAUGUGAGCAUCACUGAAACUGAUUUACGUGCCUAAAACUGACCAGAAAAAUGAUUAUUUUUGAUAAAAGUUCAAUUCUAGCAUAGAUUUCCUUCGCGAACACACAAAGUUUCCUGAUUUUUGUGUGUUGAGUUUCUUUUCUGUCCGCAAACUCUUGCACUGAGAACUUACAUUGUAAUUGAAUUUUCCAGGUGGAAACACAGCUUGAAGAGGCAACAAGUAAUUAGAAAAGUCUCCAUAUUUACCUCCUGCUUGAAAAAAAAAUUCCUUUUUCUCCACCAUUUCAGCAGGAGUUUAGAUUAAAAAUGUCCCAAGAGAAGAAACCUAAAUAAACAUAUUUUUUGCGCAAAUUUUGCAAUUUCCUGGGCAUUUUCGCCUCUACACUUAACUUCGACUGGAGCUUUUAAUCACAAUAUUUGCUCAACACACUUUUUUUUCUGGAUAGCGAGAAGAUUUGUCAAUAUUGUGCAACAACACGAAAGUCCAUCGACAUUUUUGUGUGUGUGUCUUCCACAGAUGUCCAAAAUAGAUUUAUGAUAUUAAAAGAUAUGAGAGAAAGAAGUAAAAAUCCAUACAGCAAAAAGUUCAAUUUUCUCGUAAAUUAAUUAAUCUUAUUGAAAAGUUGAUGAAACUCAACUUGUUGUGAAAUGUUGUUUUGCAUCACUUCAUUCUUCAAUUAAUUUCCUGAUUAAUUCAGCCAAGAAAAGCGUCUCUCGAGGAAGAUUAUAUUUUGCGGUUUCUGUGUAAUUAUUUUUCCCAUCAAUAAAAUAAUUGCGGGAAGUAAUUCCAGUCUUAAAACAACUUACCGCAAUUUCACAAUUCAAACUGAGAUCGGAAAUUGCAAAUUCCUGGCUGUGAAUCGGAUGAAAGGGGAAAAAUUGUUGCAUACUUAUUUAUCACGUGUGAACUUUUAUCCAUGAUUGCAUGAAUCCUCGCUGUGAUAAGAAGAAUAUAAUGAAUAACGUCUGUCUAUGGCGAUGAUGUGAUUUAAUUCAUAAAAACCCGCGAAAUCGUUGAGCUUUUAUAAACACUGGAAAUUUAAUUAGAAUCUCUGUGUCGCGAAGAGCGAGAAAACAAUUUGCAUGACACUCAACACAAAUUGCAUGCUUGUGUCAAAGUGUCGCAAUAUCAAACUUGAAUGACUCUCUAUGAAUACUUUAUAAUGACCAUCGAUGACACGCCACAUCUUUGUUGGCUAUAAAAUCCACUUCCUGAAUGGAAAAUGAUUGAAUUGAUGAUCUAAAUUGUGUGUGUGUGUUUUCUCCUGGUUCUGCGAAUAUUUCCUCAGAAUAUGUUCAAGUUCAGUAAGAAAACUCUGGCCGAAGCUCCGUGGCUGCAGAACAAGGAGAUUGCUUUAAGUGCGCAAAUUCUCGUGAAAUGGGGAAUAAUUUUGCAUCCGAAGAUUCGUUCUUAUAUUUUCAUGAUUUGCAUUGGUGUCUUUAAUGUGCAACAAUUCAUUCAAAUAAUUACUUACUGGAGACAAGGCAGAGUGAGUUAUUCAUGUGAAGUUUCUUUCGAUUUGUAGCUUAAAUCACUAAUGGAAAAUUGAUUUUCAAGAUGUCUGAAAUUAUAUUCGAUGCUUUUUACACCGCCACAGCGAGUAAUGUAUUCCUGAAGUGUGUUUUCAUCUGGUUAAAUCACAUUGAAGUUGAGGAAUUUCUGCUGUAUUUUGACGAAUUAGUGAUAGAAGUUGAGAAAUCAACAGAUCCGGAUGUUCAGAAAAUUUUCGCAUUCGAUGUAAUUUGAGAGAAAUCUCACAAAUUAAUUAAUCAAAUGAUUAAAUGUCUUCUUACAUUUGGCAGAAGAAGUAUGGCAAAAUAUUCAACAUGAUCAAUUACUCCUUCUGCUGCACUGGAGCUGUUCUGUUCGCCGUGUAUUCCUUGGCAUUCGGCGAAGGAGACACUCGAAUGACAAUGUACAACACUUGGGCACCUUUCGAUCAAAUCAAAACACCGAAUUAUCAACUGGUUUUCGCCUAUCAAUUUUAUCUGACACUUGUCUGCCUAACACUUUACAUGCCGUGGAUGAGUUUAAUGAUCCGAUUCAUGUCCUUUGGCGCUGUUCUCUUCAAGUUCAUCCACAUCUCAGUUAUUAAGUCCUACGCCGGGAUUUUAGAACAAACUUCUGAUGAUGCAUUCGUCUUGAAGGAAAUAUCAAAAGUGACUGAAGAUGAAGUUUUAACACGCUUAAAAAGCAUUAUUUCUCAGCACUACAAAGCUCUGAUUUAUGCUGAAAAAUUGGGAUCACUUUUUGCUCAAAUCUUUUCAGUCGAAUAUGUUUUUCUCUCAACUGUGUUAAUCGUUUCGCUCUUCAAUAUCAACGUCGUCACGACUAAGAUGGAAAUUGGGAUUCAUGUGGUUUAUAUCGUGAUGAAUAUCGUUAUGUCAUUUCUAUUCAAUUUCCAUGCAGAACUUUUGUUGAUUGAGAAUGAGAAACUUCUCGCCGCUCUGUACAAUUAUCCGUGGUAUACGAUGCCGAAGAGAACACGAUUGUUCAUCCAAAUGCUGAUUAUGAGGACUCAACAUUCACCACAAAUAAUAGUUUGUGGGCUUAUGCCUCUUGGCGUGUCGGGCUUUCAGACUAUGAUCAAUCGCAACUAUACGUAUUUUACGCUUCUUCGAACGAUGAUGGCAGAGUAAAAGCGUCUCAACUGUUUUGAUUUCUGCACAUCUCUUCGCUCUUAGGCAUUCACAAGUAACUUCAAGCCCAAAAUAGAAGUUUAUAGCAGGUAAUUUUCUAGGAAGUUCAAGAUUACAAGUGUAAACCUACAACAAGAACAGCUUCAAGUUUUUUUUCUCACAAUAAAGUGUGAAAGAGGUUUUGCUCGAGAGAUUUUCGAGUCGAAAUUUUAAUAUCAAUUUCAACUCUUUGAGGUCCUUUUGUCGCAUUCAAGAGAUAGCCAAUAUUCUCUAGUUGUUUAUUUUAACAAACCGAAUAGGAUUUGAGAUUCUAAUUUUCUGAAAAUAUUUUACAGAAAUUUGCAUUGAAGAUUAGAAAUUGCUUCUUUCAAUAAAGUUUGAGAAGUGGAGAAAAGUAUUUUUUCAUAUGGCUUUGUUUGUGAUUGUCUGAUAUAUUGAUUUUCUUCUAAGUCACGCAGUAGCUCAGCUUUGAUUACUAUUCAUGGAACGCAUUAUACAUAUGUUUGAUGGGUUUGAUGUAAAAGUAUAGAUAGUGUGAGAAACAUUUUGCUUGACAUUGAAAAUUAUUGCAUGUCGGUGUCAAAGUGUUAUAUUAAAACUAAAGGGAUUUUUAAUGAAUUUUUUGAAUACUUUAUAACAACCCUUAAAGACACGCCAUGCAUCGACAAUGGAUAUAAAAGUUACUUCCUCAAUGAGAAAUGUUUGAGUUGCGGUUCUAUUUUCACUGUGUUUUCAUGGGAAAAAUAUCUUAAAUAUGUGAAAGUUUGAUGAGAAAGUUCUAAGGAAU